GAGUGCGUUGAUGUUUCUCUCUCCGGCGGGAGGGGGGGAGGAGCGGCGAAGGGGGCGCGGGGAGGAUUUCUCGCGCGGGAGUGCGCGCACUGGGUCUGCGGGUUCAGGACCGGACUAUGGCGUUACGGGGCACUCGGCGGCUCCGGGCCCUGCUGCGCCUGCUGGUAGCCGCGGUCCUGCUGCCCAGGGCGGCCGCAUUACAAUGUUACUGCCAUCUAUGCACAAAGGACAACUUUACCUGUGUGACAGAUGGGCUUUGUUUUACCUCUGUAACACGGACUGCAGAUAGAGUCAUACGCAAUAGCAUGUGUAUAGCAGAAAUUGAUCUGAUUCCUCGAGACAGGCCAUUUAUUUGUGCACCAUCCUUCAGAGAUGGAGUUACUACUUUGCCUCAUUGCUGUGACAGAGACCACUGCAAUAAAAUAGAACUUCCAAUUCCAACACCAGGUCCUACUCCAGGAAGACCAGCUUCUAGUCUAGGACCUGUGGAACUGGCAGCUGUUAUUGCUGGACCUGUCUGCUUUGUCUGCAUUUCAUUGAUGCUGAUUCUGUAUCUUUGUCAUAACCGUACUGUAAUUCAUCAUCGUGUGCCAAGUGAAGAAGAUCCUUCAUUGGAUCGUCCCUUUAUAUCUGAAGGAACUACUUUGAAGGAUUUAAUUUAUGAUAUGACAACUUCAGGCUCUGGAUCAGGUUUACCUUUACUUGUGCAAAGAACAAUUGCACGAACUAUAGUACUCCAAGAAAGUAUUGGUAAGGGUCGCUUUGGAGAAGUAUGGAGGGGGAAAUGGAGAGGAGAAGAAGUUGCUGUGAAGAUCUUCUCUUCAAGAGAAGAGCGCUCAUGGUUUCGAGAGGCAGAAAUUUAUCAAACAGUUAUGCUACGACAUGAAAACAUUCUUGGAUUCAUAGCUGCGGACAACAAAGACAAUGGUACAUGGACGCAGCUGUGGUUGGUGUCAGAUUAUCACGAACAUGGGUCACUCUUUGAUUACCUGAACAGGUAUACAGUAACCGUAGAAGGAAUGAUAAAAUUAGCUUUGUCUACUGCCAGUGGCCUUGCUCAUCUUCACAUGGAAAUUGUAGGCACACAAGGCAAACCAGCAAUUGCCCACAGAGAUUUGAAAUCAAAAAACAUAUUGGUAAAGAAGAAUGGAACAUGCUGCAUUGCAGACCUGGGGUUGGCAGUUAGGCAUGAUUCAGCUACAGACACAAUUGACAUUGCCCCCAACCACAGAGUAGGAACAAAAAGGUACAUGGCACCUGAAGUUUUAGAUGAUUCCAUAAAUAUGAAACAUUUUGAGUCAUUCAAACGAGCAGACAUCUAUGCAAUGGGAUUAGUAUUUUGGGAAAUUGCUCGUCGAUGUUCUAUUGGUGGAAUCCAUGAAGAUUACCAGUUGCCAUAUUAUGACCUAGUUCCUUCAGAUCCUUCUGUUGAAGAAAUGAAAAAAGUUGUUUGUGAGCAGAAGUUAAGGCCCAAUAUCCCAAACAGAUGGCAGAGCUGUGAGGCAUUACGAGUAAUGGCAAAAAUCAUGCGGGAAUGCUGGUAUGCCAACGGAGCUGCUAGGCUAACAGCUUUGCGUAUUAAGAAAACACUAUCACAACUUAGUCAACAGGAGGGGAUAAAGAUGUAAUCCUGGAUUUGCAACCAAAAACCACAACAAAAAAACUGUAAAAAUCCAUAUCUGCACCAGAGUGGCGUGUUAAGAAGGUUAAUUGUUCUACCUCACUGGGGGAACAGAAGGAUAUUGCUGCCUUUUAAUACUUCAUAGGAACGUCACUUAUUAGAAUUUCUGUGGAUGUGCUAAGCAGUUGCUUUGGGUCCUUUCUGUGCACUAUGAACCUCUUUCUGAGGUUACUUAUAAAACAUUGUGUAGACUAGUUUUACUUUUAUUAACCUAUGAUUUUGUAUUUGGAAAGUUCAUAGCUGGUCUUAAUUUCUAGUAAACUGUACUGAAAACAAGAUCACUUUUAAAAUUGAAAUGGUCACUGUAUUGUUCUAGAGUGCAUUGAAGGCUUCUUAAGCAACGUUAUUCCUGCCUGGUACAUUGAGUAUUCUGAACCACUGUUACAGUUCUUUGAUUCAGAUUUUGAAUGUACUGUUGGAGUAUGCUUUGCUACCCAUUAAGGUUGUAUGUCUUUUGAAUGCUUACCUUUAUUUGCAAAUUGACCUCAUUCAGUAGUGGGGAACAUAAAUUAUGCAACUAUAUACAUGAUUACUGUUUUUUUUCCAUAUUUUCAAAACACUACUUUGCCUUUAAAAUAGAUUGUAUUAUAUCAGUAAGUGCUGCUUUUGAGUCUUUUAAUGCAUACCAGCAAGUGUACAAAGCCCAUGGUACUUUUGAUUUCCAAGAAUGAACUGUUCCUUUCCCUAGCUAAGAUUUAAUUCACACUCAUUUCAGCAAGUGAGUAUGUAAUUUGUGGAAUACCUUGAAUUUUACCAAAAUCUGACUCAACUUCGUUGUAUGAGUCUCAAAUUGUGUAAACUGGUUAAUUUCCCACUGUCACACUUCGUAAUUGUCAAGUCAUGAGUCAUAAUUUAAGAUUUAUUUUCUGUGGUAAUUCUGAAAUAUUGGAGCACCCAUCUACUUAAGAAAAAUAGCAGGAAAAUUAAGAUGAUCUUAAGAGAGAUUUUCCCCCUUCAAAUUAAAUAAUAGAAGCAUAUAUUCUGUGCAGUUCUGUGGAGUCUUUAGGCUUAAAAACUAAUAUUUGCAAUUAAAUGAGCAUGAAGUGUACUUCUAACUAGAGAGACUUACUUAGGCUUUUGUACAAGAAAGCUAGAAGCUGCCUGUAAAUCUUACGUGCAUACUUUUUGUGUGCCACAUACAAAGAAAGCGAUGAGCUAUAGAAACCAGUGAGCUGAAGGUCUUUAGAUACAAAUACCAGAGGACUCCAUCAAUGUUCUUCAGGGUUAGAAGAACAAAGCUUAUGGUGGCUUGUGUUAUCGUAAGAAUACAGAAGAAUAUGCCUGGCUUUAGUCAAACUUUGCCUGAAAUUGUAGGGACAUCACAACAUCUUCACAAAUUUAUUUAGAAAUUGAAUUCCUUCCUACCCAACUUCUGGAUGAGGGUAGAGAAACUUUUAAAAAUUGUUCUUUCCAGGAUAUGUUUUAAUUGCAGCGCUAGGAAAAGUCUAGUUGAUCUUUAGCUUCCUUAGUGCCUACCAGGAUUUCUGUUUGUAAAUGUGCCUGGUAAUUAGUAUGUAAAUUAACAGUUAACCUUUUACUCCCCAGAAGAGAGAGGCGAGGAACACAGAGCAACCUUAAUUCUGCUUUCUUUUUGGUUUUCAGCAUAUAGCUCCUUGAAGGUUUUUCACAAAGCUAAUAGGGGUGCCAAGGUGACUGCUAAUAGUAGCAUGGCUGAGAUUAUGCCCCUUUGUCUGUGAUAUGCAGUUGUUAACAGCAGUAAGAUGGGCAGAUCCUAGUGAAAAGGCAAUGUAGGUGGCAAAAGUCUCCACCAGGGCUUAGCGUUUGCUAAGUCUUGAGCAGUUCCAAAUUCUUAAUGCUUGCUUGGAGAUGGGUUUAAAUUAUGUGGGAAUUAUAGACUGGCAGAGUUUGAAUUGCAUGUAAUGAAAUUCUUUCUUCAGCCACAAUUGUGGAUGAGUUUAGAGAAGAGGACAAUGAAAGAGAAGUUCUUAGUAGAAAACAGUUGGGUUGAAAUGUUCAUACAAUUGUCACACUUAUGUGUUGUGUUUCUUUUUGGCACUACUGCUUUCAGGACACUAUCAGUCAAAGUUAAAUCAAAAUGACUUCACGUAGGGAUUUUAAACUAACUUUAUGCAAAUAACCAGCUUUAUGCAAAUGACCAGUUUUCCAAAUAUGACCAUUUAAACAAAAUGACCAAAUGUAACUAAACUCUCCAUUCUACUUAUUUGGCAUGCCCCUUUAACGUAUCCUAUAGAUGCAGAAAAAUACUUACAGAGAACAAAUCAGCAUCAAAGGAAGACUUACUGUUUGCUCCAUACUAAUUUUAAAGACUUCCUAUUUAAAAUAAUGUUAAAUUUUGACGUUUGCCAUAGCUUUACCUGAUUCUUUAUCGUAGAUACAAAUGGUAUAGUUCAUAAUUUAGAAACAUCAUGCCAUGGGAAGGACACUCAAUACUGUGUGACAUUACAAAUACUAUUUUAGAACAACUAUGUUGUUCAUAUUGGAAUGCAGUACAGGAAAAUUCUGAAUGGAUAUGUAUGUAUCCUCAGUUCGGAUACCAUAACUUCAUGCUGUGUUCUUCUUUUACAUUAUAAAAACUGAACACCUUUUACAAAGGCUGUGUCUGUAUAUAUUACGUAACUUUAAAUGUUACCUGUGCAAGAUCAUAUCUUAUAUGUAUGGACACAGGUACACAUAAGUAUUUUUUAAAUUAAGAUUUUAUUAUCACCGGAUCUGCUCUUGGAAAUCCAGGGGGACCAAAAUAUUUUAGCAUUCAAAAUACUAAUUUUAUAUCAUUUCAAGUAUAUACCAAAACAGUUUGAAUACUGAUGCAAAUGUUUAUUGUAAAUAUACGUACAUUAUAUGUUCACUUAAGUUUUAUGGAUUCAAUCAGUUUGAUAUUUUAGUAGCAUUGGAAGCCUCGGUGAUCAGUUGGAUGCAUAGUGACAUGUAGAAUAAAGAGUAUUGAAAAUUUUCUGAUGCUGAAAAUCCCAAAAUAAUGCUGUUAGAAUGCUGGAGUUCUUCAGGGACCUUCUAAUGUUGAAAGCUGGAAUUCUGAGAUGUUUAUCAAGCUGACUUUCCAGGCAUGAUGACGUACUGUCAUCCUCCUGUGGUCUCACCUGUAGCCUUGAGAAAGACUUUGUAUAUAAAAACAUUGACUGUAUGGGAACAUGAAGGUGUGAAACAAAUAAGAGGCUAUAUUAUAUUUUCAGUAAUAGUUCUGAGUGUGAUUGCCAUGAAUUCCAGCUUUUAGUUAGUUCCUUGUUUAUAUCGUUCCAUUGAAAUGAUUGUAUGGUGUUAAUCAUUUUGUUUAAAAAAAAAAAAAAAUCACUAUCGGUCGCUUUAAACUCUAAUUACCUCUUAAAAGGCCAAGGUACAUUUACCUCGUGUAUAUAAUGCUUAAUAUUUUCAGAACAUUUUCCAGGUUUGCAGUUACAUGUUUCUAGAAUAUGGCUAAUCCUAAAUUUUUAGCUUCAGUGGUACUAAAUGUAUUAUCACAUGCCCCAAAACACUUUCAUAUUCCGUUUUUUAUUGUAUUAGCAAGUCUGCUGCUUUGAGUGUAGCACCUGCCCCUUUACGUAGCUGUGUGGAUGGAUACUGCCUUGUAAAUUUUACUUCUUGGAUGAUAAAUUUGAUGAUCCUGUACAGAUGACUGUCACUUUUUUAAACCUUAGAAAACUCUGCAUUUCCCCUUACGUUUCUGAAAAUGUAUUGUAUUUUUAGAGUAUACAUUCAAUGGAUUGUAAAUAGGACAAUAGUAGAAGAGUGGAUGCUUAUAUUAGGUGCUAACACUACAACAGAGAGAUUAAAGGAGUGAAAAUGUGUAUACAUAUAUAUUUUUUUUAUUUUUUCCCCUCAAAACGUUUGAAUUGUCUUUCAGGGGAAGAUAUUACAGGUAUGUUCCGAACUGGCAAAGUGUGGAUUUACAGUGAGGUACCUGUGAAAUCCUCUUCUCUGAAGGAAUUUCUGCUGCCAUGAAAAUAAUGAGAAGGGGUUUGCUAAUGCUGAAGCAAUCCAUCCCAUGUGUGCCAUACGAAUGAUGAUAAUGUGCCCAGUCUUCCUUGUAUCCUAAAAUACGUUUUGGAUAAAUACAGUGUUGGUGUCUCUGAUCUCUUAGGUAAAACAACAUGACUGCCUAUAAA